CUCCUCCCUCCGCGCCUCCCGGGGGAUGAGCGUCCGCCGCCCGCCCGCCCCCAACCCCAGCGCGGACUGGCGCACAGCCCCGGCGCCGCGGCUCCGCGCUCCGGAGAGGCUGCUUCCCCCGCGGCCGCUGCCCCUGGAGCCGCCUCCGCGGCCUGCGGCUGCGACGUGGCCCGUGGCGGGUUCAGCCCCACGAAGAUGAACUGGACGGCCACGACGUGCUGGGCCCUGCUGCUGGCAGCCGCCUUCCUCUGCGACAGCAGCGCGGCCAAGGGUGGCCGUGGAGGGGCGCGCGGCAGCGCCCGGGGCGGGCUGCGUGGGGGCGGGCGCGGUUCCCCGAGGGUGCGCGUGAGGCCUGCGCCCCGCUACGGACCCGCGGGCUCCUCCCUGCGCGUGGCGGCGGCAGGGGCAGCGGCCGGGGUAGCGGCCGGGGCAGCCGCGGGCCUGGCGGCAGGCUCCAGCUGGAAAACAGCCGAGGGACCCGGAGCCAGCGGCCCGUGGGACGGGGAGGACGAGGCGCCCGGCGGCAACGGGACCGGCCCGGGCCUCUACAGCUACCGGGCUUUGACUUCGGGCGCUGGGCGCACACGCACCGACCCACGCCUCUGCGGGCUGCUGGGUGGGGCCCUCGGGGUCCUGGGGCUGCUGCGACCCUAGGCCUGACUGGGGUGGGGGUGGGAGGCAGCCAGGCCCUCAGGCCGCCAUUGCGCAAGCCCACCCACAAGAGGGCCGGACAAUGAGCGCCCUUCCCCUUGCAGCCUACAACCCCCAGAGCGAGACGGGCUGCCCGGGGCCUCUCCUACCUGUGACCCACAGGGCCACUUGCUAUCCACCAUCCUGUCCACAGGGUGGUCCCACAGGCUCCAGGGCCGCUCUCCCUCCCCUCCAGUGGGGAGAUACACCACACACAGAGGCAGGUGUCCUGGGGCUCCUGUGUCACGUCCCCAGCCAGUUGCCCACCAUCCUCUCCAGAGCACUGAAGAGAGGUGCCAAGACCAGACCCUCCGGCCACUCCAGCACCUGACACCACCGAGGGCAGCUGACCCCACCCUGGACACCUGAGAAGCAGCUGUGGACGGUGCCGACCACCAAGUAGAAAGGCCUCCCCCACAGAACCAGCCAGAGGCGACCCAAGGAUUCAGAAUUGGACGGAGGGGGAGGUUGUAGCAUGGAGAAUUUCCACUGCUAACCACCUGUACAGAAGCGGCAGUUUCAUAGACUUUAUAGAGCUUGUCCUUCCCAGAAAUGCCACUGUGGUUAUCUCUGGGUGGUUUCUAGAACAUACCUGCCCACAGGGCACCUGCCCAGGAUGCCAGUGACCAGGGGAGAAGCCCACAUUUUCCUUUGAGCCACUUUGCUCCAACAACUUCCUAAAGAGUCAUCUAACUCUACUUGGGACACAUCUGGCGAAAAAGAAAGGAAUGUCUCGGUUAAACUUCAAGAGCCUUCCAUUUUCUUUGAACUUGAGGUUCACGUUUCAGGUUCUAGAGUUCCCACGUACUUGGGGCGAGGAGAGGGGCAGUCAACAGCCAAUCCCACAAAAGAGCCCCCAUGGGCACAGCCCGAGCCAUGGUUCCAGGUAGAUCUCCCAGUGGGCAGCAGCUGGGCCAGGGCCAGGCAGGGAGGCCUGGGUGAGGGCACCAGGGUGGGCUCAGCGGAGACCAGGAGCCCUGGACAAGCGGCGUGAGGAUGUGAACUCAGGCUGCAUGCGCCACGGCAGCUCCAGCAGAGGGGAAGGCAGCCGAGAAGGCUGUGCCCUGUGCAGUGCCACGUGGGUUUGUGUGAUCAGAGGACAUUCUGGGGAUGGGAUGGAAACCAAGAAGCUGCUGAGGAAACCCCAGGCUUCCUGCCACCGUCCAAAUGCCUCUUUGCAUAAAGCAAGCACUUCCUUUUUUGGUGCCGAGGGGCCUGCUCCAGAACCGGAGCCAACAUGGUUCAUGCACCUGGAGCCGCGACCCUGAGUAGACCUCUAGCCUCGAAAUCUCGUCCUCCUCCGGUGCUCGGGCGGAGCCGCCUCCGAACCCACCCUCACUGCCCCAGCACCGUGGGGCCGUGCCUUUGGACCCGGCUGACGGACACCUGUGCCAAGACCAGAAUCUCCCACCACCCCUCAUCCCACAACCGGCAGCAGCUCCACGGGAGUGGAGGGGCUUGGCACGCUCCUGGUGGACCUGGAACAAGUAUCCACAGGCUGCAGCCUCAAGAUGCGGUCAGCCGGCCUGUGUCCACACUGCCAGUGCUCCCGGCAACCCAGAGAGUCCAGGGGAGCCUCUGUCCCACCCAGACCAGCCUGAGGUGACCAAAGACCCGUCCACCAAUGCCAGGCCCGCCUGGGGCCUCACCAGCAGUGCGCUCCCAGCGAAUCCACCCAAAACUGCCUCCCUCUGAUGCACAGGGGGACUGCGUGGAGACCUCGGCAAGGGAGAGCACCCAGCGGCCCCUGCGUCUGAGCUCAGUUCUUACAGCACCCAGGCCCAAGCCCACCCCCCACUCGCACUCCCAAACUUGGCUUCUCAGUUGGCCCCAGGACGGCCUCACACUGCACAGCCAUGUGCGAGCCAGAGGCCAUGGGGUCCUUCUGGGUGAGACAGAAGCAUCAACCCAACCUGACAUCCUGCGUGUCCAGCAUUUGAUGCAGCCCAGAGUGCCAAACACCCCAGCCGCCCAGCCAGGGCUCCUGCAGGAGGCACACAGCGUGCUCCACGGGGGGACCCCAGGAGUCCAACACAGGGACAUCUUAAGGGGAGCACAGGCUGGGGAGACGCCACCUGGGCUAGCCCGGUCCAAGGGGGUGAGGGCACGACAUCCGGCCCUAGCUGAGAAGCAGGCACCCCUACAUCAAGGGAAGGGCUGCCCUGGGUGCCAGUGUGCCCAGGGCCUGGGUGGAGGGUCAGCACCAGGUGGUGCCGUGGGAAAGUAAUAAAGCGAGUCCAGAGGCCCCUGUCCAAGUGCAGGGCCCUGGCCUGUACCCAGCUCCCACCCUACCUGCCCUUCGUCUCCCUCCAUCCCCCCUCAUCUAGAAAGCAGGCUGGCAGCAGGGUUUGGGAAAGCGCCUCUCACACCUCUCACCCCCGCCAUGAGCGAACACAGAUCCCAUGGCUCUUCUGCUACCUAAAGGGGUGCCUGGGUGGGCUGGAGGCCCCAGUCUCCCUGCCCCAGUGGGCAGCCCUUCUGAGGAAUGGGUCCCCUCCAGGGGGGUAGGGGACAGGCUGGUCCUGGACUCUGCCUCGGCUGUUCUGACCACACGUCAAUGCCUGUGUGCACAUUUUAAUGCUGUUGUGAAAAUAAACCACUCUGCUGGCA